GUGAUCUGAUUUUUAGACUCAGUCUUGACGACGCGGAGAGCCGGCAACAUGGACGCAGAGAAAGCAAGACCGUUAGACGCAUCUUCGGUCGACAGUGGACAAAAUCAAGAAAGCGAAGAAAGUAUAUCGAUUAGCUCGUUUUCUCGUGCCUGCUACCACCCGGAAGGAAAAGAGGUCCACCUUAAUUGCCACAGAUGCGGGGCGACCCUGGCUAAAACCUGUGCUGUUAUGUCUGUGGAACAGCUCCAGGCUGAGGGCGUGGCUCUAGAGCCCGAGCAGGAACAGGGGAGGGAUGUGGAAACAUGUUUGCCAGACGUUCACGUGUAUUGUUUGCCCGUGAAAACCUUCUACGACCCAGACGAAAAGUGCAAGCGCGAUAUAGUGUGCGUAAAGGAAAACUGCAACGUAUACAUGGAAAAAAAGACGCGGACCAAACUGAUGUGGUUCCAGCAUUACGUCAGGUCGAAAUGUUACUGCAAAUUAUGCAAAACGCAAGUUGGGAGUUUCUACCAGCCAAAAGACAAGUCAUUCAACCUCCCUACGUUUUACGGUCUCAUGCUUGAAAAGCUGGACGGAAAGCACCAGAAAGGUACUAUACUGUUAAAAAUAUUUUGUAUUUAAGAGCUACGUGUACCUUAAAAAAAACGCAUUUUUCCACUUUCGCUUUGCAGCUCUCUGUUGUUAAGUACACGGGUAUAUUGGGUUUUUACCACUAGUUGAAAGCUAUCAUUAUGUAAACGUAAAUGAAGCUUGUUUUUAUCUGGUACAUUUGACCUUUUUCAUUGACUCACUUCACCAUUUUAGUGAUUAAGUGCCAUGUAUAUUGGAUUUUUUUCACUGGUGUGAAAGCUAUCACUAUGUAAGGCGUUACAAUAAUCUUGAUUUUUUCUGAUACAUUUUAGGCCUACCUUUAUAUUUACUCACUUCAUCUAAUAGAGAUUAAGUGCCAUAAAUGUACUACACUGUUAAGGCGUCAAGGAUAUUAAUGAAAAAGUCCAAAAUUAAUGCAGCUAAUUUAAUUUCCUAUUAACUGAAGGUUAUGGACAAGACAAUUUUCCAAAGCUUGUAGUCGCAGUGUAACACGAGUGACGUAAUAUCAGCGUUUUGGGACUAUAAUUGUCAUUUUUCAAUCAAGGUUUUCUUUUAUGCAAGAAGCCCUAUAAAUACGAUUGAAAGAGCUAUCUAAAGUUGUCAUUCUUUGCUAGUGGUGCA